CUCAUCACUCAAGAACACCUUCCACCACUUUGUAUCGACGGCAUAGUUCACCGGAGGGAUCAGUCGGAGAUUGAUAAUGGCCAAAGUAAUCAAGGUGGCGAAGGAUGGAACCGGCAACUUCUGGAAUCUGCAAGAUGCAAUCGACAGCAUACCACUCGAAAACAAAUCCCGAACUUAUAUCACUCUCUCUCCAGGAACCUACUUGCAGCCGAUCCACAUACCAAAGAGGAAAAAUCUCAUCACCAUCACCGGAGUGAACCCUGAACUCACUGUUAUCACCUGGUACAAUUGCGCCACAAAAAUUGAGCAUCACAAGCCAGCAAGCUUGAUUGGAACAGGAACGUUUGGAUGUGGUAGCGCCAUUAUUGAAGGAGACGACUUCAUUGCUGAAAACGUCACCUUCGAAAACAAUGCUCGAGAGGGUUCCCACCAAGCUGUAGCUGUGAGAGUUUCAGCUGAUCGUUGUGCUUUCUACAAUUGCAGAUUUCUUGGAUUUCAGGAUACCCUUUAUUUGCAUAUGGGGAAACAUUAUUUUAAAGAUUGUUAUAUCGAGGGAAGUGUGGACUUCAUUUUUGGUAAUAGCACAACUUUAUUUGAACAUUGUCAAAUCCACUGUAAAGCAGCUGGUUACGUAACUGCACAUUCUAGAACAUCUUCUCAAGAAACAACUGGUUUUGUAUUCCUCAGGUGUGUGAUAACGGGCACCGGGGGGAUGCAUUGCUCAUAUCUUGGACGGCCAUGGAGACCUUUUAGUAGGGUGCUUUUUGCGUUCACAUACAUCGAUUCUUGUAUCAAACAUGAGGGUUGGCAUAAUUGGGGCAACCAUGAGAAUGAGAAAACUGCUUGCUUUUAUGAAUACAAAUGUAUGGGGCCCGGAAGUUGGGCUGAUAAACGUGUGUGGUGGGGGAAACAACUAAGUGACCGUGAAGUCGAACCAUUUCUGAGUCAUACUUUCAUUGAUCCGGACCGCCACAAGCCUUGGCUCUGGACAAAAUUCGGUCAUCGGGUACCCUAUUCUGCUUAAUAUCAUAUGUUGACUGUGAACUCUUUGUGAUUUUAUUUAUAUGUCUUUGUUUGUACCUAUCAAUUUAUUGUAUGUUUUAUUCACUCAAUAUUUGUUGAGAUGAUUUGAUAUGUAACAUAUCAUUAUGUCGAAUGUUUGAGGAUAAAUAAGAUUG